CCACCUACCCCUCCCCCCACCUUCGCGAGACCACCCCGCACCCCACCCACGCGCGCGUCUCCACCGGUCACGGCGAACGGCGAGCUCCCCUCCGACCACCGCCGCGUGUCUGGGUAAGCAUGGCGCGGGCGCUCUCCUCCCGGGCGGCGGCGACCCUGUCCCGGCGGCUGGGGGCCCGGCCCGCGGCGGCCGUGGCCCGCCGCGCCAACCACACGCGGCGCCCGGGCGCGGGGGGCGCGAUGGUGCUGGAGCUGGACGCGGCGGGGGCGUCGCCGGCGGCCGCGGAGGGCGCGGGCGCGCUCAAGCGGCGCCUCGAGGAGGCCAUCGACGGCGCCAUGGCCCGCAUGUCCGAGCCCGAGUGGGCGCCCUUCCGGCCCGGCACCUCCUACUACGCGCCGCCGCGGCCCGCGGGGGCCGCCCUCGGCCUGCUCGAGCUCGUCACCCGCGGCGGCGGGAUCGGGGUGCUCCCGCCCCCGCUCUCCGACGACGAGGCCCGCGCCGUCGCCUCCUCCUCCCGCGGAUACCCCUGCUCCGCCUACUUCGUCGACGGACGCUUCCCGGAUGAGGAGGUGGAGGGAUUGGUAGAGGAUGCAGAUCUAGCUGAAGAGGACUGAACUGGAACCGCUAGUUUCAUCGCACUGGGUGAAGUGGGGGAUCAAGAAAGACCUGUCUGUUUUAUGUUUUUAUUAUUACCUAUCUAUGGGUUUCUGCUACUGUACAUAUGUAGAACACAUGAAUUCAUGCCCUUUCAUGAGGAAAUAAGAACUUAACUGAAUUCGUGUAACCUUUUCUUGUCAUGUGCAACACUCAUCAAUAUUGAGAUCAGUAGUACUGUGGUCA